UAAGGAAUUAAAUACUCUUAAAGCAGGCAGACAUAGAAUUCUAAAUUCCGUUUCCGUUGGUUAAUAACCUGGCAGUGCAGGGGGAACCACCUAUUAUAAUAAUAUAAUAUUAUUAUUAAUAUUAAUGAUAAUAUAUGAUAAUCUGCAUAAAGCAUCACAUAUGAAUAAUAUCAUUCCCCCCCCCCGUAGUGUUAGUCAAUCGCGGGCAAGUAAAUACUCGUUUACUUUUGUCACUCAGCCGGCUUUUCUCUCUCCCCGUCACCGUGCAAAAAUAUUAUACUUGUAGAUAGAAAAAUAAGAAAAUGGAUAAGUCGGGGGAGGAUAGUAAUCAGGAAAAUCCAGUCCCUGUCAAACGGAUCAGGAUUUUGGUGGAUAUGCCCGUGUCAAAAGCCCCAUUUAAUUUAAUGACUUGCAAUUCUCAAGGAGAACAUGUUGAAUUAAAUGUUUUACAAAUUGAAGACGAAUCUCCGUCAACCUCCACCAAAGUGAAAGCGGAGUCAAUCAUCAAAGCUAUGUUACAGGGGAUGAUUGACAAUAGUGGAUAUAAGGGGACAAUGGAAUCUUUCUGGGAAUCGGACGAGAGGAAGAAGUUGAGUGAUAAGUGGGCUAGUCACGUCAAAAAAUCCAAGAAUGACACGGAAAAGUACACCCCCCUCGAAGUGUUUUAUAAUAAUGACAAGAUUGCGAUGCAACUGGUAGAUGGGUUGCUACAAGUGGUGAAAAUGAAAAAAGUUGGGACUGAGUGGAAAUUCAAUGGAUGGUCGGGUCGUCAGCAGAAAUGUAGCAUUUCUGCUUGUACUACAGUGUGUCAGGUUGGAAAGUUCUGUUCGACUCAUGCCCCCAGAGAAGUUUUAUUAAUUCAAGAUAUGCGAGCUACUCCCCCUGUGCUGGCCUUGUUAAACCUUGACCCCACAAGUCACCCCUACACUGAGAGUGAAAUACGAAAAAAAAUUGCUGGGUGUGGGGCUAAGAAAUUGUGGCGAGGAAAAGAAAUGGAUGGGGGGACGGAAUUACGGAAUCAAAAUAUCCAGCUCUAUGAAUAUGCUGUAAGGAAAAGUGCCAGUAAAGAAGAGACUUUCUUUCGGAUCAUAGGACGCUGGCCUUAUCAGGAUGACAACAACAAACUCCGUGCUUCUGUAUAUUUGGCUGUGUCAUUGAUGGUGAUGAUAAAAGGAGGUGCUACACUGUUGAACUCGAAAAUUCUCUUCGUUGGGGUUGACUUAACCUGGGUGAAGUCUUUUUUGAAUCACAACGGGGUGCUCUUCGAAAAGGGAGAUCAAGUUCAAGAGUCUGCUAACUCGACUCCACCAGGCGUAUCAGGAGAAAUUAAUCGUUGUCUGCCGUAUGUCUAUCUCGGAAGAAACGAUAAAGGUCAAUUCUACACGGGGGUACAAAAUUGCAUACAACUACGAACUGCUGGAGCAAAAUCUCCAUACCAUGAUGUUGUAAAGGCUGAAACGGGGAUGGAUUCAUUCACAGAUGAUGAACACGAGGUCAUUUUUCAAAGCCCUAUCCCGAAGUUGUUGCAAAAUGUAGUUUCCAGUACUAAACGUACCAAGUUCAGCCAAGCAGAAGAAGCGGAAUUUUGCAAAAUGGAGGAGGCUGCCAAUAAAUAUGAAACCCUUGCUCACUCAGCUUUGAAGAUUGGAGAGAUGGUCGGUCAGACCUACAAAGGGGCCCUAGUGAAGGGAAUGCCAAAGCAGUUGAAUCAUAUUGAGGGUGCUAUUAAUUUUGUUGAUCUCAUGUCUAUGUACUCUUUUUUGUUUGAAUCAUAUCUGGUCAUGAAGGAAGUUAGUCAAUUAGAGAUAGGUGGUGAUGGAAAGGUUGUUAUUACUUUUGUUGUGUAGAUACUUCUACGUGUCAUGUGCUUGUUUCAAAUGAAUUAAAUAAAUACUAUGAAUGGUUACUUACUA